UCACUUGUCAAAACAUUGAAAUUGAGGUUAUGUUAGCGGUCCUUUCAUGGAAAUUUCAUGAGAAUACUACAUGAUUUUCAGUUUUUAGGCAAUAAAAGAUGGCAUUCACUCUAUGGACCCUUUUUGAGGCAUCAUUACUUGUUCUAAAUGCUAUUUGUAUAUUACACGAAGAACGAUUUCUGGUGAAAAUUGGAUGGAGUUCUAAGAGCCCCGGAGUGCACGGAUUUGGAGAAAGACCUGGUGCCAAGGCCCAAAUAUUGAAUUUAAUACAUUCCAUAAGAACCGUUGCUAGAAUUCCGCUGAUUCUACUGAACAUACUGACAAUACUGUUCAAAUUGAUAUUAGGGUAACUAAACAUAAUUUUUUGUAAGUUAUUGUUCAUAUCAUGUUUAUAAAUAUUGUGUCAUUCGUUUAAAUAAAUAAUUUCAUAUUUA